GGUUCGCUAUGGGCAUUGAGUUCAGAGAAGGAUCGCUCGUACUGAACGCCAAAAAUCAGUUCAAACUCAAGAGAGGGAUGGUGUUCAGCAUCAGUCUGGGAUUGGCUGACAUGAUCAACCAAGAGGCCAAGAAAGACGAGCAGAAAAAAUACGCCCUGUUCAUCGGAGACAGCAUUCAGAUCAAUGAGGAGGAUCAAGCCACCGUCCUCACACCCGUCAAGAAGAAGAUCAAAAACGUUGGCAUUUUCCUCAAGAACGCCGAUGAAGAGGACGAGGAGGAAGAGGACGAUAAUGCUGAGGAGCUGCUGGGGAAAGGAGCUCGCAGCGCCGCCCUGCUGGCAGACAGAACCAGGAAUGAGAUGACUGCUGAGGAGAAGAGGCGGGCCCAUCAGAGAGAGCUGGCCAAUCAGGUGAACGAGGAGGCCAAGCGGCGUCUGACGGAGCAGAAGGGAGGACAGCAGAUACAGAAAGCCAGAAAGUCGAAUGUGUCGUAUAAGACCGUUUCCCAGAUGCCCCGCGAGAAGGACAUCAGAGACAUGAAGAUCUUCAUCGAUAAGAAGUACGAGACGGUCGUCAUGCCCGUGUUCGGCAUCGCCACGCCGUUCCACAUCGCCACCAUCAAGAACAUCAGCAUGUCUGUGGAAGGAGAUUACACGUAUCUGAGGAUAAACUUCUUCGUGCCGGGCAGCUCGCUGGGACGCCACGACGGGAACCUCUUCCCCAACCCCGAGGCUACGUUUGUCAAAGAGAUUACGUACCGUGCGUCGAACCUCAAGUCGCCCGGCGAUCACUCCGUUCCCUCCACCAACCUGCAGAACGCCUUCCGCAUCAUUAAAGAGGUGCAGAAGCGCUACAAGACCCGCGAGGCGGAGGAGAAGGAGAAGGAGGGCAUCGUUAAACAGGACUCCCUCGUCAUCAACCUCAACCGCAGCAACCCCAAGCUCAAAGACCUUUACAUCCGGCCCAACAUCGCGCAGAAGAGGAUGCAGGGCUCGCUGGAGGCGCACACCAACGGUUUCCGUUUCACGUCGGUACGCGGCGACAAAGUCGACAUCCUCUACAACAACAUGAAGCAUGCCAUAUUCCAGCCCUGCGACGGCGAGAUGAUCAUCGUGCUGCACUUCCAUCUGAAGAACGCCAUCAUGUUCGGUAAGAAGCGUCACACGGACGUGCAGUUCUACACGGAGGUGGGCGAGAUCACCACAGACCUGGGCAAACACCAGCACAUGCACGACCGCGACGACCUCUACGCCGAACAGAUGGAGCGAGAGAUGCGACACAAACUCAAAUCCGCCUUCAAGAACUUCAUCGAGAAGGUCGAGUCGCUCACCAAGGAGGAGCUGGAGUUCGAGAUACCUUUCAGAGAUCUCGGGUUCCAAGGCGCCCCCUACAGGAGCACCUGCCUGCUGCAGCCCACGUCUAGCUCCCUCUGUAACGUCACGGAGUGGCCCCCGUUCGUGGUGACGCUCGACGAGGUGGAGUUGGUUCAUUUCGAGAGAGUCCAGUUUCACCUGAAGAACUUCGAUGUGGUCAUUGUUUAUAAAGACUACAACAAGAAAGUCACGAUGAUCAACGCCGUGCCCGUCAACUCUCUGGACCCCAUCAAAGAGUGGCUCAACUCGUGCGAUAUCAAGUACACGGAGGGCGUACAGUCUCUGAACUGGACCAAGAUCAUGAAGACCAUUGUGGAUGAUCCCGAGGGCUUUUUCGAGCAGGGCGGCUGGUCCUUCCUCGAUCCGGAGAGUGAGGGAAGCGGCGCGGAGGACGAUUCCGGGUCCGAGAUGGCGGACGAGACGUUUAACCCCUCGGCUGAUGAUGAAGAGGUGGAGGAAGAGGAGGACAGCGAUGAAGAUUACUCAUCGGAGACAGAGGACUCGAAUUACAGCGCGUCUCUGGGCAGCGAGGAGGAGAGCGGCAAAGACUGGGACGAACUGGAGGAGGAAGCCAGGAAAGCUGAUCGCGAGAGUCAGUAUGAGGAUACAGAGGAGACCUUAAACAGGAAGAGGAAAGGCCGUUCAUCGGCUCCGCCCCCCAGCAGCAAGAAGAAGAGACGACGUUAGAUAACACACUUACACUUACACACACACUGCCAAAUCAGUCUCCCACAGUCCUCUUUGACUGCCCCACACACACACACACACACACUGUGUUUGGUGUAAAUGGUGUCGGCCAGCGCUGAUGUGUGCUGUAGAAUAGUGGUUUUCAUAUCAGCGGAUGGACGGACUCUCACUCGUCUCUCAGGUGUGUGUGUGUGUGUGAGCGUGUUUCUGGAGCAGUAGCUGUGAUGUAGUGUUGGUGUUUUAUGAGCGUUACAUGACGCUCUUUGGCUCAUCUCUCUCACGCCCGCCGCUCCUGUUCGUUUAU